GCAGCAGUAAAAAUCAGCAUGGGAAAUUGGCCAAUGGCGAGCGGGCCGGCUGCAAUUUAUUUAUGGUGAGAUUGGGAUGUAGGGGUUCUGAAGCUGCAGUAUACGGUCCAGAACCCUGAGCUCCACAGCAUUCCAUCAACACACACCCACCCUGUAUACAUUCCAUCCAUAAACUGCACUCCCCGUAAAUACUCUGCACAUCAUUAACCCUCAAUAUUAACACCAGAGCGCAAUAUGGACAUGGAAAGGCAAGUGAUAAAUUUUGGUGCUGGUCCAGCCAAGCUUCCCCCAUCGGUAAGUGUCGUAUCACAAUUUGCUUUAAUAAUCGGGGUAGGGUGGUGGGUGGCAGAAUCUACCAUGCAGGUUUAUGUAACAAUCUGUGUGUUACUAAAAUGUAUAUUAUCCUGUGAUAAUUGGGGCUAAAAUGGGACUCUGGUUAUGUUUAGCAGGAGAGUAAUAAUCUCAAGUCUUUUGGGCUCUGUGGUAUUUACAGUACGUGCAUUACUUGGCAAAACAUGCAGUUUUAUCGCAGUAGAUUUAAACGAGCAUCAUUCUUGCAUGGUUACAGGGGUUGGCAGUCUUUCAGUAGCAAAGCACAAUUGAAGUCGCAGUCAUCUGCAGCUGUAGGAAAAUGCAUAUGCUCAGUUGGCUCUUUAGUUACAGAGCAUGAUGGGAGUUGUAGUUGCACUCCAGCACAUCGGAAGCAGUAUUUAAUAAAAAAAUUAGAUCUGGAUCUUGCACAUAGGGACUGCAAUACCUUCAUGCCAAGUCAGACACGCCUUGUCAAGCAUAAUGGGAGUUGAAAUAUGCUGAAGCAAAAAUCCCUUCUUGCUCAUCCACAGCUAAUAAAGGUUGCUUAAACCAGUCUAAACAUAAAUUAAGCAUUGUGCCCCUUAUUUGUGCAUCGAUUAGAAUGAACAUUACUGAUCAGUUCAGAAUCAAAGUGUGAUUCCUAAUCGUGUAUGUCCGUGCAAGCAGUGGUUCAUAGCCUCUAAUGUUACAAAAUAAAAGGUGCAUUUAGCAAAAUAUACUCUUUUUAUUUUACCUUAGGGCUAAUGUUAUUUAAUUUUUCGCAAAAUAAAAUUAUUUAUGUUAGGGUGUCAUAGUUCUGAAUAACCUAAGGUAAAUAAACAUGAUUCUUAUUAAAAGAGUCCACUCCACCCAUCUCCCCGUGCCGCAUUACCAUUAUCAAGUGAUAAAAUGAAAGUAAACAAUUGAGAUGAUACACCUAGCAAGAUUAUAUUGUUCCCAAAUGCAUAAUUAAUGCUGUUUUAAUUUUCUGGUUUACAUUGUGAUAUGUGACUUCAGAUUUGUUGAAAUGUAUUAUUCAUUGAAUUAGCAGACUACUCCAAAUCUAAGGUAGGGGCCAUGAGAUAUUGUAAUUUGUACAAAAGCAUUUUAUUGUCUUGACAAAUCAAUAUUUUCCUUUUCAGAAAUGUUGACAUGAUUACCCAUUCUUUUAUGUGGCAUUCAGAUUGUGUGUUCAGAGAAUUGCUGCAGAGGUUGCCAGGGCAUACAGUAGAGUUUUUAAUGGGAUGAAGGUAAAUGGCAUAUUAUGGUAGGGUGGGAAUUACUGCCAGGGCAAUCCCCACGUUCAGUUCAGAAUAAAAGAAAAGCUUUUUGUCAAGCAGUGCUGAAAUGCUGGCCUCUUUACACAGACAAUAGUGUCUUGUUAUUCUGGCGGAGAUGAAACUCAAUGCAGAGAGAAAUUACAUCAGCUGCAGUCUUUUGGCCAACCACAGGGAGGAGGAGGAGUUACUACCUUGGCAACAUUUCAGACUGCCUACAAUACUUUUGGACUGUCAGCUAUAAUCCCAAACUUCACAUCUGAUGCUGAGUUUGUUUUGGGUUCACUGACUCUGUGUGCAGCCUGCGGCAAAAAAAAAAGCAUUUGUGUAAAUAGCAUAACGGGUUCAAUGAUGUGUGGAAAAUGCUUCCUUGAUACUAUUUGCCCAGUGGAUUCGCAAAAAGAGGAGCAAAAGCAGAAUGACCAUAAUGAACCAUUUUAAAAUGGACCUAAAAAAAAAUGUACAAACAGAGAGUGUAUAUACAAACGUAAAGCAGCUCUUGUCUCCCUAAAAAUAGAUUUUAGGAAGACAAAAUCUUUAUGAAAUACAUAACUGACUGUGUUGAAAAUGUAAUUGAAAUUCCAACUCAGUCAAUCUCAUACGACAAGUAAACUUGUCAGGUCCUCGGCUGUCACUUGUUGUUGGUGGAAGUAGACUUUGUCCAAUAGAGGUUCUUGCUGAAUCCUCCAUAGACAUCAGUGUUGUAUUUUGGGAUUUAUUUGUCAUUUGCGUGAGCUGUAAAUAAUUUGUGCACAAGUCUAUUGUCUAGUGUCAGUUAGGACCCUAUGUUCCUCCAUGACAACCUGAAGUUUUACAUGAUGAAUUACCAUGGCAUUUAAAGGAUGAAGAUUUUGGUAUUAAAGGGACAUUCCAGCUCGCUGGAGUGCUUAUGUGUGAAGCGUUUGGCCUCUUUUAUUUUCCGCAUUGUAUAAAAAGUGUAGAUUUUUAAUAGAAAUCUGCCCGUUUAUAGAUGUACCUUGUUGCAAACACUGGCUGUCAGACAACUGGUCUGGUUACUUCCUGGUUACUUAGCUCAGUAGAUCUAAAUUCAAGAGGCAGCAAUUGCCCAGAGUACUUGCCUUGGAAAUACUUUUUCUUGCAUUGAGAAGUCUGUGAGGGGACCUCCACACACAGUCUGGUCUGGGUUAGAGCUCGCAAAGGUUUCAGACAAUAUAUCUGCAGCUUUUGAAAGCAGUUUUUACACAUUCCUCAAGUGGAAAAAAUGUAUAAUUAAAUGCAUGCAUGCUUUUAUUGUGGGUAUAUAUACUAAAUGUAUGUGGGUUUUUUUUUUUUUUUUUUUUUUUUUUUUUUCCCUUUAAAUAAUUUGGGCAGUGGGUGUCCCUUUAAGGAACUAACUUGUGUAAAGAAAACUUAACCUAUACCAAAAGUUGCAUUGUGCAUUUAUUAACUUCAAUGGUGUUAAUCUAGUCUGUUUUUCACAUUCAUUGUAGGUUUUACUGGAAUCACAGAAGGAACUCAUUGAUUAUAAAGGACUUGGUAUCAGUGUUUUGGGUGUGUACUAUCAUGCCAGGCUAUAUUAUAUCACUAGGUUGACACAAGGUUGUAUCAAUUCUAAAACUGUUUCUUUUUUUAAUAUUUUGUUUCUACAGAAAUGAGCCACAGAUCAUCGGAUUUCACUAAGAUUUUGAACACAACUGAGGUCUUGUUACGUGAGUUGCUGUAAGUCUGUUUUGUUCUUGUUAGUGUUUAGUGUGUUGGCAACAUUAAAGGAACACUUCACUCACCAAUACUACUUUAAUUCGCUUGAUAGGUAUUGGCCUUAUUAAUAUGCUGUAUUUGUUUGCUUGCCGAAAUAUUUAUAGGUUUUUUUUUCUUAAAAAAAAAAAAAAUGUUUUGUAGAAUGCUGCACCAUAAGUCUGCCUCGCUAGCCACAACCCCUCACUCACCUCCAGUCACUGACAGUACUGAAUGAUCUGAACUGCAAAACAGACGGCAUGAGGAAAGACAUAUCAUAAGGAUAUCCCUACCUGGCUCUAGUUUCUCUGACUUGUCUGCAGCCAGGUUGGGAAUUAAAAACAGCUCACUGUUAGGGCUGAGACUGUGUACAUACAUUUGAUCAGGGUAAGGCUUAGGAGGCAGGCUUAUGGUGUUGUAUUUUGUAAAAUGUUUGUUUAAUUUUUUCAGUCAUGAGAAGAAUUACGAAAUACCCUUAAUCUCUCACUAUGUAACUAACUACAAAGAAACUGACUUAAGGAGUCAGGCUUCACAGUAAAAUGUACUCUAUUCUGGAGCAUUAUCUCCAGAAUAGAGUACAUUUUACUGUGAAGCCUAACUCCUUAAAUCAGUUUCUUUGUAAUUAGUUACAUAGUGAGAGAUUAAGGGUAUUUCAUAAUUCUUCUCAUGUAUUUAAUUUAAUAGAUAGUUAGGUUUUCUAUUGUAUUACCAUUUUCUCUCAGCAGUUUUAUUUGGCACUCCACUUAUACUUAUUUUCUCUCUUAAUUUUUGCAAUCAAUAUAAGUAUUUAAAUAAAUCAAUAAAUUGUGUAUUAAUGAAGCCAAAUUCUAUCAAAUGCACUAAAGUUGCAUUGGUGUCCAAAGUGUCCCCUUGUGAAGUAACAUUCAGCGACACAAUGUUUAUAUGUAAACCAUGUAAUAUGCUGUACUUGUAUAUAACGGUGCAACACAUGUUACUUUCCCAGGGACAUUCCACAGAACUACAAGGUGCUUUUCCUCCAAGGAGGUGGGAGUGGCCAGUUUAGUGCUGUUCCUCUUAACCUGAUUGGUCUAAAAGAAGCCCGAUGUGCUGACUAUAUAGUUACUGGAGCUUGGUCAGCGAAGGCAGCCAAAGAAGCGGAAAAGUACGGAAAAGUAAAUAUUGUUCACCCAAAGCUUGGGAGCUAUACAGGUAAGUGAUCUGCAACAUUAAAUUGUAUUGUAAUGAAUUUCGCUGUAUGUAUAUGUACAUAACAAAUCACUCCCUAAAAAAUAUAACUGAUAGGAAAACAGCCAUACAAGUCAGACUUUUCAAGAGCUAUUCCAGGGAGUAAUCCCAUCUACACCACACAAAUAUUGCAUAUUUCACUAUAAGUAGUUCUAACUGUUAUUUGCAAUUGAUAUAUGUGAACUAAAAGUAUUAGCAGUGUCUAUGUUCUGAGUGUGUGCAUGUAUGUAAAACAGUGAAAAGUGUAAACUAAUGCUAAAAAUCAUAAGCCAAAUUAAAAGGAAAAAAUAUGUAACAUUUAAAAUGUGCAUGUCCAUUAAUGUUACAUAAAAAUUAUAUUCAGUCAGUGUUGAGAAUGGUCAACAGAAAUGAGCAUAACAUGUACAAAAACUGUACAAACGGUAAAUACAAUACAUAUGUGUUUUAUGUAUAAUUAUAUUACUUCAUUAAUAAUUUUUUGAGGGGCCUGCCUGACCACCCAGUGAAUUUAAUUUCCAAGUCCUCGUGAGAAUUCACUGAACACAAAUGAGUGUUUUAGAGCAGUAAAACGUAGAAGGAUAUCAUCAGUGAAAGUGUAGUUUUUGUUUGAACAAUGCCAAAAACAAAUAUAAACAAUAACUUUGACCAGGAUUUGUGACGUUGUGAAGUGGUUACAAAAAAGACUGGAAUACCCCAUUUUGAAUACCCUGGUUUGUCUACUUUUGCAAAUGGUAUGCCAUGAUAAGGGUAAUUCUCAUUCCUGUGCUGCCAUAUGAUCUCAAAGGCAACAUAGGCCCAGCAAACCAGUCUGGCAAAAUUCAAUGUGUAAAAACGGAAAUGGGCAAGCUCUCUACUUGACCCUGUAGCAGAGCAUACAAGUAUGUGUUUUAUUGCAGUAAAAGCCAACGGUAUUAUGACAUUCACAGUUAAAUUGAUAGCAGAACUUAAAAAGGAGGGAGAGUGUGUGUUUGUGUGUAAAAGCCCUGUUUCUCCUGAACAACAUAAUAUGUAAUAAGUGUGGUUACACACUAAGUAAAUUAUGGUUGAACAGACAUAGCUCAAAUUCUAGAUUUUGUUUUGGUCACAACUAGUACAAUUGCUUCCGCCCUUAAGGGGUUAAGUAAUGUUAGGAGGGUGGUUGUGAAAUAUGUCACAGUAAUACAGUUAUGUCUUAAUUUCUGCCUUAUCCACAAAAUAUAUUAAGGUUUACAGGGUUAUUUACUGAAGUGUGAUUGUGGGGAAUUCGAAGUGAGUUUAUACUUUUAGGCUAAAAUAACCAAAUUGUAAUCAUUCUCUGAGUCAGCUAUGUUUUUAAUUUGCCUAUUUUGGCCUGUAAUGUGAAAUGUAUUUUUUAUUCUUGGGAUUUGCAAUUUAUGGAAUAACCCUUUAAAGGACUAACAAGCAGGAAUAAGUCGGUACAUACUAGUUAAUGUCUCCUAAAGGCAAGAAAUUGUUUUGUUUGUAUGAGGCACAUCUCAAAUUGAACGUAGGUAUAUGCACUAAUAUAAUAUUAAUGUAGUGUGCAUAUUUACACAAGUUAAUACAUUGUAAAUAUCUCAGUUGGCCUUUAUUGUUUUAAAGGGACACUGUAGUCACCAGAACAACUACAGCUUAAUUUAUAAAGCACCAACAUAUUCCCCAGCCCUGUACAAUUGGGAAAGACUACACAAUAGAAACAGACGAUAUAACAGGUAGAGAGAGGGCCCUGCCCAUGAGCUUACAAUCUAAAGGUUAAACUGAGGAGAUGAGACAAGAAGUAGCAACGAGAGUUAAUAGUAUAACUGCAGCAGCUGAUUGCAUGUGAAGGGAAUGAGGAGGUGAUUGACUGUGGUUCCAAACAGUUGGAAGAGCAAGCUAUAUAGUUAGAAGGAACCAGGGUGGGUGGGUAGAGUCAAGUAAGAGAGAUAAAACAGCUACUUAAAAGGAAUUAGUUACCUUUAAGGAAUUGGAAAGCAUUGGAUUGGCUAAAAAUCGUCAGUUCUGAUGUCACCAAGGGGGCAGGGUCAGCACGGUGCUGGAAAUAAGGUGAGUUCUAAUUCCCUUUAAGGAGGGCAAGCCGCAUAAAUGGUGGGCUUAGCACUAUAGGGUCAGGAAUACAUGUUUGUUCCUGUAAGUUUCUGUUUCUUCAGGCCUCACUUCACACUCAACUCAGUGAAAGACUGCAUUUUUUUCUCUCCCCCUAAAUAUAUAGCAUGCUCCUCCAGCUGUUUGAGAUUCUCACCCAAUUACCUCUUCAUUCCCUUUGUAUAAUAGCUGCUUCUCUGUUAACUCUCAGCCAUCACCUCCAAACUUCCCCUGCUACCUCUUGUCUCAAAUCCCCAUGGUAUCCUUUAGAUUGCAAGCUCACAGGCCAUCUAGCCAAGCACUUUGUAUAAAAGAGCUCCAAUGGCUAGAUAUCAGCUUACGGGCAGGGCUCUCUUUACCUCUUGUAUUUGUCUGUGUAUAUUGUACGUUUUUCCACUAAUUGUACAGCGCUCAGGGCCGUCUUUAACGCGGGGCAAACGGGGCAGCUGCCCCGGGCCCAGUUUCUCUUGGGGGGCCCGAGGCACCUGCCCCGUGGGCCCCGCUGACCCGGGCGGGUGGCCGGUCGGGCAGGAAGGCGGGCGCGCGAGGGAGCACUCACUGCUUCCUCUUCAGCUCCCUCGCGCACCGCACUGAUGCCGGAGCAGGAGAAGAUGGCGUCUCUUCGGCGCUAUCAGCGAGGGAGCUGAAGGAAGCAGUGAGUGCUCCCUCGGCCUUCCUAUACACGACAAACCACCCGCCCAGAGGCCCAGCAGCACCACUGGACCCCAGGGGUCCCAACUCCAAAGGUAGGGAGGCUGGGGGAUUAUUUAAAAAAUAAAAUAUGUGUGUGUGUGUGUGUUAGUGUGUGUAUGUGUAUGUGUGUGUUUGUGUGUGUUAGUGUAUGUGUGUGUUAGUGUAUGUGUGUGUUAGUGUAUGUGUGUGUUAGUUUGUGUGUUAGUGUUAGUGUGUUAGUGUGUUAGUGUGUUAGUGUGUUAGUGUGUUAGUGUGUUAGUGUGUUAGUGUGUUAGUGUGUUAGUGUGUUAGUGUGUUAGUGUAUGUGUGUUAGUGUGUUAGUGUAUGUGUGUGUUAGUGUUUGUGUGUUAGUGUAUGUUUGUGUGUUAGUGUAUGUUUGUGUGUUAGUGUAUGUUUGUGUGUUAGUGUAUGUUUGUGUUAGUGUUUGUUUGUGUGUGUAUGUGUGUGUAUGUGUGUGUUUGUUUGUGUGUGUGUGUGUGUUAGUGUGUGUGUGUUAGUGUGUGUGUGUGUGUGUUGGUGUAUCUGUGUGUUAGUGUGUGUGUAGCAUGUCUGUGUGUGUGUGUCAGUCUGUCUGUCUGUGUGUCCAGUAUAUCUGUGUGUGUCAGUAUGUGUAUGUGUCAGUAUGUCUAGCCAGUGCAUCAGUAUGUCUGUUAGUGCAUGUGUAUGCAUGUGUCAGUAUAUCUGUCUGUGUGCAGUAUGUCUGUAUAGUGUCAUGUGUACCUGUGUGCAUGUGUCAGUAUAUCUGUCUGUGUGCCGGUGUGUCUGUGUGUGUGUGUCAGUAUAUCAGUCUGUGUGUGUCAGUGUAUGUGCCUGUGUGUGUGUGUCAGUAUUUCUCAGUGUAUGUGGGUGUCAGUAUAUCUGUCAGUGUGUGGGUGUCAGUAUUUCUGUCAGUGUAUGUGUGUCAGUAUGUUGAUCAGUGUAUGUGCCUGUGUGUGUAUGUCAGUAUUUCUCAGUGUAUGUGGGUGUCAGUAUAUCUGUCAGUGUGUGGGUGUCAGUAUUUCUGUCAGUGUGUGGGUGUCAGUAUUUCUGUCAGUGUAUGUGUGUCAGUAUGUUGAUCAGUGUAUGUGUCUGUGUGUGUCAGUAUGUCGGUAUAUGUGUCUGUGUGUCAGUAUGUCUGUAUAUGUGCCUGUGUCAGUAUGUCUGUCAGUACGUCUACCAGUGUAUGUGUCUGUGUGUGUGCCAAUAUAUGUACCUGUGUCAGUGUGUCUGUCAGUGUAUGUGCCUGUUUAUCUGUAUGUAGUCAGUGUAUGUAUCUGUGUAUCUGCUUGUGCGUCAGAGUGUGUACCUGUGCAUCUGAGCCGCAACUUUAAAUACAAAUACACCCCUCCAUUCAAACUUCAACACUACAUAUAAAACACACUCCUGCAUUGAAACGUCAACACUACAUACAAGCACACUCCUACAUUCAAAAAACAAACACUACACAUAAAUGCACACUUGCAUUCAAACUCCAGUACCACAUACAAACACAUUCACACAAACAUACUCCAUACAAACACAUGCUUACAUUCAAACAUACUAACAUGGCUCAGUGCUAAAUACAACCCUGCAAGUAUGGGAAAUUGGUAGAGUCCCAGCUGUCAAAGCAUUGUUGGAGUUGCACGACAGAUGGGGUUCCACCUUUAGUCCAACCUUGCAAUUGGGGGUCCCAAUAAAAUUCAUUCUACUUUAGUACCGCCACUGCGUUGGGAUGGAUGCCGUGAUUGCAUACCAGGGAGUGAGGGGCGAGAGCGGCAGGGCACAGGGGGCCCAAGCAAACACUUGCCCAGGGUCCAUUCGUUAUUAAAGACGGCCCUGACAGCGCUGCGGAAUCUGUUGGCGCUUUAUAAAUAGCAGUAAUAAAAAUAAAUAAAUGUAAGUCUGUAAAUCCUAUUGGUGUUCUGUUUGAAUAAAGUGCUAAUCCUAUAUGUUUCUGGACAAUCCUGCACUGUGUCCCUUUACAUCCUGAAAUAGAUCAAACGUUAAUAGUGUAUGUUUAAGAUAGAUAGAUGUUUUAUAUUAUCGAUCUCCUGUAAAAAUAAAACCUUAUCUGCUUUGUAUCUUGCCUGACUACUUAUGGAAAAUGUGCACAAUGGUUUUGUUCAUGAUGCUAAAUAUAACUUAAUUAUAUUUGUAAAACCAGUGAGUUUGUAAGAAUACAUUUUUAUCACACGUAAUAUGUCUUAUAGCAAUCCCUGAUCCAAGCAGCUGGAACCUGAACCAAGAAGCAUCUUAUGUAUAUUACUGUGCUAAUGAGACCGUUCAUGGGGUGGAGUUUCAGUUUGUCCCUGAUGUUAAGGGAGCUGUGCUGGUUUGUGACAUGUCCUCAAACUUCCUUUCUAAACCAAUUGAUAUUACCAAGGUAUGGAAUAUAUCCAUUGUAUAAUACUAAAUAGAAAGUACUAUCGUAUUUUUGUUCAGUAAGUCUUUAUCAGAAACCAUAAUCUGCUGCUUUACCACACUUCAACCGAUCACUAAAAUGAAAUCUACGUGAAUCAACACAAAAUUAAUAAAAAGUAAUUAUAAAAAAAAAAAAAGUAAUCUUUACUUAUCCCCUUAAGGACCAAACUUCUGGAAUAAAAGGGAAUCAGGACAUGUCACACAUGUCAUGUGUCCUUAAGGGGUUAAAAUAAUAAAUCUACAAAUAAAUUGUCACAGGUCAAACGUUUUUGUUUUUAAUUAUUUAUUUUGAACAUAGAGUAGAAAAGUUAAGUACAAAUAUAAUCAAUAAAAAAUGCAAGACAAUAGACAGUAAAGUUUGCGUUCUGUUUUUUUAUUUGGGGUUGAUGUAAAGUCUUUCAAAAGCUGCAUAUCUCUUGUCUGCAGCCUUUGCAAGCUCUCAUCUCUUUCCAGACUUUCUAUGGGUGUCCUAUCAGAUUUUGAGAAGUGUUUUUAAGGCAGGUGCUCUGGGCAAUUGCUUUCCUCUUAAAUUUAGUUCCACUGGCCUGUACAACCAGGAAGUAACAGGACCAGAUGCCUGACAGCCAGGGGUGAGGGGUGUUAUAAUAAGAUUUAAGGAACACUAUAGGGUUAGAAACACAAACAUGUGUCUCUAACCUUAGUGUUAUCUUGUCCCAGUUUGCCCACCUAAAUAUAGUAAAAGCUUACCUUUAUUCCAGUCUGCUGGUGCUUGCUCUGCCUCUGAUCUGCCUACUUGACUGACAUAAUCUGAAGUGGUGAUCUCGGCCAAUAACAAUGCUUUCUCAUAGGAAAGCAUUGGCCUGGCUACGAUUGCAAAUUCUCCACCCUCUGCAAUGAGACACUGAACUUUCCUCCUAGAGCACUGUCCAAAGAAGCACCCAGUAACCAACUGAGGAGUGGUCAGUGGGGUAUCCUUAGGUUGUAAUGUAAACAUUGCCUUUUCUCUGGGAAAACAAAACUGUUAACUGCAAAAAGCCUGCUGGGCCUGACUAUACUCAUCAGAACAACUACAAUAAGCUGUAGCUGUUACGAUGACUAUAGCGUACUUUUAAUUUAUACUAGUGCCAAUUUUUAUUGAAAUUUGCUCCUUUUGUAAGAUGAAAAAAAGACGCACUUCCGCAAUCUGAAGUGCUUUUGGGGUUUGGAGUGUCCCUUUGAGGUAUUUUCAAUACUUCUACACAUUCAUUUUAGCAUACCAGCUCAUGAGUAUAUGGAUCAUGUGAACAGCUGACUGAUUUCUAAUUUUUUUUUUUUUUAACCUGAACACCUGUUGGAUUCUUUCAGCCAACAACCUUAUGUCAACACCUUAUCUGGUCAUCUAAAACACUACACUGUAUUGAUAUUUGUAUUUUUAAUAUUAGAGGCUUGGUAACAUGCUUAUUGCUGGCUUUUAUUAAAGUUACAGGACCAAUGCAGAGGUCAUCCUUCCAGACCUGAUUAAGUGGUUCUAUAUUUUUUCUAUAUUGUUAUUUUGAGGUGUCUAUAUUUUCCAUCAAGUUGAAAGUAGUUUUUUAGUAAUGAUUUUUCUUUCUAUUUUACAGUUUGGUGUCAUUUUUGCUGGAGCUCAAAAGAAUGUUGGUUGUGCUGGAGUCACGGUUGUGAUAGUGAGAGAAGAUUUAAUGGGCCAUGCACUGAAGGAAUGCCCUACAAUUCUGGAUUACAAUAUUCAAGCUGGCAAUGCUUCUUUGUAUAACACUCCACCAUGUUUCAGGUAGAUAAAAUACUAAUUUCUCUCAAUGUACGUGUGAAAACAUUUAUUUAGUUCAUCAUAUUUUAAUAGAAAAAGAUUGAGUGUGCCUAAAGAGUACACUAGGAUAUGCAGUAGUAAAUUCGGAAUCACAAGGAAUUCAACAUGAAUUUCAUAUUUAUUUUUAAAUAGCUGACGUUUUUUGUUUUUUUUUGGUUAAUUUGUCUUAAAAUCUUGAAUUCACUUUGCAUUCCUGACCAUUCUCUUUAGUGAAUAAUGCUGUAAGUCAUGAUAUUUUUACUAUUGACCCUAGAAUAAUAAGACCCUUUUGCAGGGUUAUUUUGCUCAAAAGACUUGUGUUUCAAAAGUAUAAAAUAUAUACACACUUCUAAACAACUGGUGUGUGUGAAUAUAAAAUGCAUAAGUGAAAUAUUUUUUUUCCUUGCAAUCUGACAUUGUAAGGCAGUCUUAUGUUUACAGAAUAUGCUGUAGUAACACAAAACGGCAAUUGAACAAAAUAUUAUCCUUGUCUUUAUAUCUAAUUUUAACUUGGAAGGCUUAUUCACUAAACCGCAAAUAUAGAAUCCAAAACACUGUCAAACCAAUAGGGACCCUCUAAAAACAGCAGACAACUUAUACUCAAAAUCAAUUGAAAAUGGUCUGCAGUCUCUCUCUCUCUCUCUCUCUCUCUCUCUCUCUCUCUCUCUCUCUCUCUCUCUCUCUCUCUCUCUCUCUCUCUCUCUCUAAUAAUUCCUAGAUCUGCAUUCUAGUUUUAGCACUACAUAGUGUUGUAAUAAUUUCUUCUUUAUAGCAGUCAUUGGCUGAAGAGACAAUAAUAAAUGUAGUCUAACAGCAAGAGUGCCAGAGUUCGGUAUACAAAUGUUUUCAAGAGUUUCUUUAAUAACCUGAAUCAUUGUGUGUUACAGUAUCUACAUAAUGGGACUGGUGUUAGAAUGGAUCAAAAAUAAUGGAGGGGCUGCCUCCAUGGAAAAGUUAAGCAUCAUCAAAUCCGAAAUGAUUUACGAUGCUAUUGAUCAAUCCAAUGGAUUAUUUGUGUAAGUGCAUGUUAUUGUGUCUGUUGUGAAAAGAGGCACUUUUUUUUUUUUGCCCUGUCAGUGUUUAAACUCAUCUCUUUUUAGUGUUCUAUGGCCAAUCAGAAUGGAGUAUUCAGCAUUCUGCUAUUGUAUUUUUAUUAUAAACAUUUAUGUUGAAGCAGUAGUAUGCAAUACAGAGUUUAUGACAUAGUGACAUAUGUUAUUGCUUCAAUUUAACAAAUUAAAUGUCUGCUAAACUUCCAUCCCCCCAAGCUUGCUCUUACUGGAAAAAGCAUGUAUGUCAUAGGUGGCCUGCCCUCAAUAAUGCUUGUUAGAUCCCAGUUAGUAUUGUUGAAUAGUUUCAUUAAGGUUUCACUUUUGUCUCUCAAGUGAGUUUAUAUAAGUUUGCCAGGUCUGACAAACCCUUCACCUUAUCAUUGUGUGACUUGGAUACUAUCCAGUCCAUUUGAAAGGCAUGGCAAAGUUUAACUUUCAUUAGGUUUAAGUUUGGGGCAUUAGGUAAAGUCCAGUUAUUUCCCAGCAGUAGCUAAGGCCGUGUGUAUAAAUUUGGAGCGAGCGUGAAGGAGAAUGCCUAACAUCUAGAUUUUUGGGUUCAAAUUAAUGAUGUAGUGGAGUUCAAAUAAUCGUAAACGUCUCUCCAAAACUGGCUCACCUGAGAGCAAGGGAGAUGAGGAUGUCAAUAUUAUGGUUCCAAUCUGUGUCUUGCAUAAUAAGACAUGAUUAGACAAAAAUGUCUAAUUUGAAAUUAACCAAACAGAGGAAUGCUUAUGGUGGCCAAUUAAUUGAAUAGUUGUACCUCUUUUUUUAUUUUUCUUAUUUAAUUUUUUUUUUUGUGUAGAGUGUCUGCAAUCCUUGUCUGCCCCACCCUCAACCAAGCAGUCAAUGGGAAAGAAUGUUCUCCAUUUUGAAAAUUUAGAUUGUUUAGGAAAAAUAUAUUGAUGGAGUAUUGCCAUUUGAGCUUCAAUUUUACUAUGCAUGGAUUGCAGAAUAAGUUGGACUUAACAAGUAUUUGUAGAUAUGAGUAUGAGAGAGCUGUAUGUUAGGAUGCAUGUCUUAUUCCAGGGUUGUCGUAGUGCAAAGAUCUCUGCAUCAAACCCAGUCCAGAGAAUGUUAAUAUCUUGUCAUUUUUAUAUUUAAAUUACUAUUUAAGUGUCCUUUGUAUUAUUGGCACUUACAGACAGUCUCAAUGAGUGUUUUAUAUAGAAAGUGUGAACCUACACUUUAAAGCCUGUAGUUAGAGGAAAGAGACUAAUGGCAUGAAUUAUCACUAAAGGCACAUAGAACACUCCAUCUCAAUGAAGAGGUCUGGGUGCAGUUGUCCUGACAUUUUUGCAAUGUGAAACAGAUAUUUAGAAUUUCUUAUGAAAUAGUUCACCAGGAAGGAUACAUUGAGAUUUCUUAAUGUUUGUAUGCCCUGGAGAGCAUAUACAAAUAUGAUGUUACACUUAUAGUAGGAGAUAUUUAGAGUACAAUUAUAAAUUAACGAGGGCUGUUGCUUUUUGCUUGUUUUGAUGUGAAGGAAAGCACUAGCUCCCUGGAGCCCCAUGCAUGGGAGGGCCAGAGUUUUUAUAAUCAAAAAGAUGAUAGCGCAGUUAGGUUUAGGGUCAUUUUAGUUGUCAUAGUCAUAAUAACACCUUAAAUGUGUAAUGAAAAUCUAUUUUUAUAAUUGGAAUGAGCUGUAGUUAUACACAGUUGCUUUGUUAUUCUUCAUGUGUUGGCUUAUCACAACUGCUGACCUUUAAUGUAUUUAAUUGCAUACCACUUCCACAGCAAAGCUGAGUAUGUUUCUUUUGUUCCGCACAAUGGAACUUGAACAAUUUGUUGUAGCUGUUUUUUUUUUUUGUCAGCAAAACCUAGUAAACUGUCCACAGUAUUUCUAAUAAAGGAAGGUGCAUUUUAUUACUUUGCAGGUGUCCUGUGGAGAAACAAAGCAGGAGCAGAAUGAAUAUUCCUUUCCGUAUCGGAAGUGCUAAAGGAGAUAAUGUCUUAGAGAAACAAUUUCUCGACAAAGCUGCUCAGCUUGGAAUGAUGUCUCUUAAAGGACACAGGUAAAAAUCAAGCAAACAAUUACAUAGUUAACUGUUCUUGUACGUCCUAUGGCUAUUGGUUAUACAAAUUAGUUAUAGAUGUGUAAAAAAAAUGUUAACCAGAUUAAAUCAACCAGGUCAUGUUAGUUAACCUAAUAAUCAUUUCAAAUACUACGUGUUAAAAUUCUGCACGUUUGAGAUGCCUGUUUUAAGACUGUAUAACAUACAUGCAGUAUACAUAUAAAUGUAUUCAUUUGGUUUAUUCUCAUUCACACAUCUGUUUGACGGUAACUUCUAUACUUGUGUAUAGAAUUUUAAACCUAAAACAUUAUUUUAUAAAACCGCAUAUUUAGAGAAGACCAAAUUUAGAAAAAAGUAUUAAAGAACUCAAAUAUUUUUCUACUUUUAUUUGUUUAACAAGUUUGCAUUUUAUGGCUAAGUGAGACUAGUUUAUUUUUAUCUACCUGGAUUCUGUUGAGGAAUUUUACUUAUCUGCAAUUUAUAUUCACUUGUUAGCACGUCAUUUAAAGGGUAUCUAUCUGUAGAAUUCACGGUGACAGUGCUAGUUUGUCUGUUGCUACAGUAGUGCCAGCUGCCUUUGAAUUGUAGUAUAUGGUGUUUAUAUUUUCAAGUUUACCCUUUGUAAAAAUGACUUCUGUGUUUUAGGUCCGUAGGAGGUAUCAGAGCAUCUCUGUACAAUGCUGUAACUAUAGAAGAGGUUCAGAAGCUGGCCGAUUUCAUGAAAGAUUUCAAGGAGACGCAUCAGUGAAAAACAGAAGAACGAAAUUUACCUUGUUCUUCUUAUACAUCACUACCGAAUACACAUGGCACUUAUGAAUAAGCUAUUUACAUUGUUUAUAAAUAGUUUUUUGCAAACUAGUAACUUUCUUUUGUAUUUACAGAGGAAAAAGUAUAUGUAUAUCUACAUAUCUGUUUAUUUAGAUAUAUUCCUUGACCAGAAGAGACUGUUUAAAUGAUUCAAUUCAGUGGCAUUUUGUAAUUGUAUAUACUUUUCCACUGCAUGAAAUUAUCAUGCGUUUUUUUGUUUUUUUUUGCUAAGAAAUGUGUCCACAACAUGGAAUCUCUACACUGCCUGUAGGAUGAACAUCCACUUAUUGUAAUUCCAUUCUGCUAAUUUUUACAGUAAAUAUGGCAAUCUAGCAUUUUCUGAAAAACAGUAAUUGUGGAAAGUAGAGAAGGCGAGUCCAAAUUUUAGUAAAUUAGAUCAGAAAAAUUCUCCCAACUUAGCUUAAUUGCAUUGUUAAUUCCACAUAUGUGUAGCGUGAGUGUGUGUAGAAGACACACUAGAAUUGUUUAUUUUGAGACGGUUUAACUUUUUUUUUUUUUGUCUGUACAUAGAGGUCAAACAUUUUGUUCAAAUAUAAUCGAAAAUUGUACCUGCAUAUUUUUCUAUGCAUUUCCAAAUGGCAUAAAUAAACAAUCUUGUACUGUGAUUUACUAAGUUACUGUUUUAUAAAGUUAUUUGGCAAUAUAUA